AACAGCGGGUAGGUAAGGAUGUUCUUUCGAUGUUCUCAACGUGUGUUCCUGGAUCAAACUGGAAUAAACCUGUUUCGCCAUGACUGAGCCGCGUGUGCUCGUGCUGUGUCUCCUCUCCACGCGCGUUCACGACUGAACCUCGAGAAUUGGCAACGUCACUUAGGUAGAGGAGCAUCCACAAUCGAGUAAACAUUUAAAUAUAAAGACAUAACCGCUCAUUAACCGAGACUCUAAAUGGAAUGAAUGAUUGUUACUCUUUUUUAUGUUUUCGUUUUUAUUCAUACAAUAAUGACAGAGGUCAUGUAUUUGUUGGAACAGACACUUCACAGAUGUGAAAAGUGCAGUCGUUGGUUGCGCGCUCCUGAGAAAAAUGCUACAGCAGAAUUUGCGCGUCCUCGCUAAAAGACCGGCUCAAGCCGGUAGGCCCUUAUAAAGCCCGGCUGGGACGGUCUGGAAGGAAGGAAACGGUUCACUCGCAGAUGAUAAAAACGAGAGAGAUAGGCUUACAGUAAACAGGAGAACAUAUUAAGCUAUGAUUCUCCUUUUGGAUCACACACGAGGACAUUUUAAUGUUAGGGUUAUAACCAACCGUAACGUCUGAAACCAAAUUGACUGAGCUGGUAAUCCGUUACAAGGAGUAGAUUGAAAUGAUAGACAAAAGAUAGCGGCUGAUUAUCACAUUUUUAGUACAAUUAUUAGACGACUCUAGGCGAUUUUCUGCCGGUCAUUUUUCGCACUAGACUGGUCGUCGCAAUUGUUGGGCCCCGAUCCAGCCAUGCAGGGCUUCAAGUCGGCCAUGCAGGGUUGCGCCGGUCCGUGUGUGUACGAGGCAGUGCCGGACGGGGGCUGGGGCUGGGUGGUGGCCGGGGCCUUUUUCUUCGUGGAGGUGUUCACCUACGGGACCAUUAAGAGUCUGGGGGUGUUCCUCCAGGACCUCAUGACAGAGUUUGGGGAGAGCAACAGCCGAGUGUCCUGGGUCAUCUCCAUAUGCGUCUUCAUCCUCGCCUUCACAGCCCCUCUGUCCACUCUGCUGAGUAACCGGUUUGGGUACCGUCCUGUGGUGAUGCUGGGAGGUUUUCUCAUCAGUCUGGGAACCAUCUCCUCGGCUUUCGUGUCCUCCAUCAAUGAGAUGUACAUCACCCUCGGUAUUGUCUCAGGCCUGGGUUACUGCCUGACCUUCCUCCCGACGGUCACCAUCUUGUCCCAGUAUUUUAGCAAGAGGAGGUCUCUGGUCACCUCCCUGGCAUCAUCAGGAGAGUCCUUCGCCAUGUUUGGCUUUGCACCAGCCUUCAUGGCCUUAAAGGAGAGCAUCGGCUGGCGUCACUGCUUCGUCCUCAUCGGCUUCCUGCAGGCCUCCUUGAUUGGCUGUGGCGCUCUGCUACGACCGAUCGUCAUCAGCCCCAGCCAGGAAGAGGUCGAGGAUGUGUUCAGUAAGAAGCCGUUUGUUCCGUUGGCUACGGUCUACGAGCUCGAGAAUGAAGACGCCCAGACCAGCAUUAGUGCCGGGGAGUCUGAAGACUCAGCCGAUUCCGGGGUCACCUCCCUGUCCGCCUCCACUGCCGACCUCCAGGCCGCCACAGCGGCCUCCCACGACCCAUCCGAGACGCUGGCCCUCAUGGAGGCCCGGGGCGAGAGGAGCCAUGAUCAAGGGGGCCAGGAAAUCCCUCUAACCCCGCUGGAGCAGCUCGAGGCCGGGGGGAAGGAGCGAAGCGAGUCGUGCCCCGUGGUGGCUCAACCGCCCAGGCCUAAACUCCUCGACGUCACUGUGCUGAAAGACGGAGCGUUCCUCUGCUACUCCCUGUUUGGCCUGUUCGCCACCCUGGGUUUCUUCGCCCCGUCGCUUUACAUCAUAGAACUCAGCAAGAGCAGAGGGGUGGACUCGGAGAAGGCGGCCUACAUGCUGUCCGUGAUGGCGGUGGCCGAGGUGUGCGGACGCCUGUCCAUCGGAGUCAUAUUGAACAAGCUGCGGGUGCGGAAGACCCGGGUGCUCCUGGUUUGCGUCGUCCUGCUGUGCCUCGUGCUGGUGGCCUUCACCCUGGUGACGGAGUUCUGGGGGCUGGUGGUCUGCUGCUGUUUCUACGGCUUCCUGAUGGGCACCGUAGGCUCCACCCACAUCCCCAUGCUGGCCGAGGAGGACGUGGUGGGCAUCGACCGCAUGCCCUCGUCCGUGGGGGUCUACGUGUGCAUUCAGAGCUUCGCGGGGCUGGCCGGACCACCCCUGGGAGGCUUAUUGGUGGAUGUGACCCAUAACUACGGCUCGGCCUUCUAUUCCUGCGCUGUGGGCAUGGGGCUGGGUGCUGUCUUCCUUGCCAUGGUGGGUCCUGCCAAGUCGGGCCUCUGCCGCCGUGCCACGACCAGGAAGCAGGAUGUGGUGGGAAGGGAGGGGGACGGCAUGGGGGACGACCUGGAGAAGGUGUCCCAGGACAGCGGCUCUGCCGACUUCCUGGACAUCGACUUGUUCGCCGAGACGAGUCCGCCCAAGCGGUCAGCUGACCGGGAGAGCGGCGGCGGGGUUUGAACGUGGCUGCGUUGUAACGGGACGGGCUACGCCGGCCGACCCCAGCGGGACCACUCAGUUAAUUCAAGGUUGAAUGAAAGAACGAUACGACCUGAUUUGGCCAACUGCUGCCUGAUCGAAUAUAUCGACCAAGUAACCGAAAGCUCACGGUUCUCCUUCACCCCCUGGAGAACCCGCGUGCUGCUGAGUGCUGGAUCAACUCAGUGGAACAGAUGCACACAAACAGCUCUUACUUGUAUGGCCUCUCAGAUGUAGUUCACAGACUGGUAAUGCAGAGAAACAUGUAGUCUUCAGUGUAUUCCUUGUCUUUUUCCGCAGAGUGAAUCAAACUCCUCACACGGCUGAGACGGGCAUUAAGUGUUAUAACUAAUGUCAGCGACCAGGAUAUGAUCUCUCUGUUUGAAGUUCUAAUCCCAAAACGACAGUUUACAGGGUCUGCCCGUACGCUGACCAAUGCCAAAGGUCUGGUUUUAACAGGUCUGGUACUGUCAUAAUGUUCACUAUUGUCUGAAUGUACUGGUAGCCUAGCACUAUCCUCUAACAGUAGUUAUUACAGAGCCUAGAAAACGACACAACAGUCUACUUCAUGUAGUCCAUUUGUACGUAUGUUACAUAUGUUCUAAAUCUUCCGACAGUAUGGUCGAGACUAAGAUGCAUGCAUUGUAAUAUGAACGACUGUGAUUCAGUUCUGUCGAACACUCUACCAGUCAGUCUGCCAAUCAAUCAAUCAAUCAAAGUUUCUGAUGUAUACACCAUUUCCAUUUUUAUGUCGAAAUUCAUGUGCUUGAGCAACCCAUGGUGACAAGACAAAUCUUCCAUAAGCUUUGUUUUGCUGAGGGAGACUUUUUGUUUUUGUGGUCAUAUUGGCCUAAACGCCUCACUCAAAGACCCUGACUCUAGUAUUCUCUACAGCUGUUCUAUCAUGUGCCUUUUCUCCUGAUCUUAUCCACGCUGUGUCCACAUUGUAACUGCUCCUUCUACACAUGGAAGGAAGAUGUUUCAUAUAUUUGUUUACUGUGUCCACAUUCUGACCCGAUAUCCUGCUACCGUUCUUUCUGCCAAUGCAUAUUUAUGAUAUUCUUUCAAAGUAUUAUUUAUUUAUUUAUUUAUUUCAAGUCAUAUUGAUGUGGAUACUCUUACGUGUCAAUCAUUCUACGUGGUGGGAUGACUGUCCAAAAAUGUCAGCACUUGUAAGGAUAAAAACACAAUAGGGCCAGUUUUGUGGGUACAGAUUAACCCUUGUGCUAAGCUAAAGAAAUUAAGCUUUGUGGCGUUUUUCUAUCCAGAACUAGGGUCAAUCGUUGUCAGCAAAACUGGCCUAAUGUAAGCCUUGACUACUACAGAAGGUGAUAGGAAAGAUUCAGUCAGAAAACUUUUAAUCGUGCAUACUUGUCUAACGUGGGCCACUCAGCGUGUGAACAGGAUGAGAACCAAGGACCCGUUAGAACCAGGUAUAAGCAGGACUUCCGACCACCUCUGAAACUGGCACAGGCAGAGAGGUGGAAGUACUUGGUUGUGUUAAACACUUUUGUGAAGUUCUUUAUUAAGACAAACGUUACCAGGUAAAAGUAGUUUGUAACUGACCAGUGACCUAAAUUUAUAAUUUUCCACACAUUUUUAUUGUAUGACCCACUGGUUAUUUAUGAACUCCCUUUACCUGGUAAUUGAGGUCUUAAUUAAAAACGUCCCUAAACUGGUGAACACAGCAAAAUUCAGCUGAGUACUUUUACUUUGUACCUUUUACACCUCUUCACACAGGUAGCAGAUCACUGUCUAAGCCAUUUACUGUCUGCAAAUGUAUUCACAACCUGAAUGUGGACAAGUUUAGGAAACAAGGACACAUGUUAGCAGUAUGUCUGAACAGGGCUCAUGAGCAUACUACGACUUGAAACUUCUGCUGGUAUGAUCUGUUUUUGGAAAAUAUGUUCAGAUGCGUCUUUCUCUGUCAUGUUUUUUUUUUUACAGAAAUGUAAAGCCAGUCGUAUACCUGGUUGAAGCUGCAAUACCCCCAGCAGAUUUUUUUUUAUUAUUUCAAAUUCAGUUGAUUUCUUGAUAAUAAAUGAGUAUCUCAACA